UCAAUGGAUAUGGGAAGAAAUGAAACUUCUGUAAUUGUAUUCAUCCUCCAAGGAAUCUCAGCUCAACCAGAGAUGCAGGUCAUCUUCUUUGUUCUAUUCCUGGGAAUCUAUAUCAUGACUUUGACUUGGAACUUGGGCCUUGUCAUCCUCAUCAGGAGUGAUCCCCAACUUCAUUCCCCUAUGUACUUCUUCCUUAGAUUUCUGUCCUUCCUAAUAGACAUCUGCUACUCUUCCUCUAUUACCCCAAGAAUGCUCUCUGACUUCUUCCUGGAAGAAAAAAUAAUUUCCUUCUUGGCCUGUGCAGCUCAGUAUUUCUUUGCUGCCUGGAUGGCACUGACUGAAUGUUGUCUCUUGGCGAUCAUGGCAUAUGACCGUUAUGUGGCCAUCUAUAGCCCACUGAGGUAUUCCACCAUCAUGCAUCUGCCAAUCUGUGUGAAGCUGGUGGCUGGGGCCUAUAUAGCUGGUUGCCUUGGUAGUUUAGUCCAAACAACAGCUGGUUUCCAUCUCCAUUUUUGUGGGCCAAAUAUAAUUAAUCACUUUUUCUGUGAUAUACCUCAGAUCAUAGCCCUGUCCUGCUCUAAUCCUUUCAUCAAUCAAAUAAUGAUGUUUUUGGUAGCACUUUGUAUUGGGUUAUUCUCAUUCCUCUUUAUCAUCAUGUCUUAUGUGUAUAUUACAGUCACUAUCCUGAAAAUGCCCUCAGCCAAGGGAAGGGCAAAAGCCUUCAACACUUGUGCCUCUCACCUGACUGCUGUUACUCUCUUCUUUGGAACAUCCUUUUGUGUGUACCUGCAUCCCAACACUGGCCAUUCUCAACAUUUGGACAAGCUGUUGUCUAUCUUCUAUACCAUCCUUAUCCCUGUACUGAACCCCCUGAUCUACAGCCUCAGGAAUAAAGAAAUCAAAGAUGCCCUGAAGAGGCUCAUGAAAAAGGGAAAUUUCCCUAAUAAUUAUGCUUCCAGUUGUCUUUGUUAUAAUUAG